AUGCACAAGGACCACUCCGUGGUGUACUACAUGUUGCCCACGGUAGAACCUCAGAAAGCCGCUCCGAAAGCCAAGCCGGACAAGCCCGAAAAGCAGAACUGGGGCGCUCCUUGGAAAGGCAAUGAGUCGAGCUCAUGGCGCAGCCCAAAAACAGGGGCAAUGGAAGCAGAAGAAGGGAGCCACAGGAACAAAGCUCCCAUUGUGAAGUUGGAUAUCGCGACACCAGAUGGAGAAGAACUUGCCAGGUCCUACAUCAAUAGCCCCUUGUGCGCCUAUGCACAUUUUGGGCUCCCAUGCGGGACUUCGAGCCGAGCCCGAGAAAUAGCACUGCCAAACAUGCCAAGGGCACCAGCCCCACUUAGAAGUGCAGAGCACCCAGACGGCAUACCCAACCUUCCAGCAAAAGAUGCAGAACGGGUAGCAGCAGCGAACAGAGUCUGCGCCGCAGGUUGUCGUCUCAUUGUGCUCUGCAUCUUGCGAGGAGUUCGAUGGAGUUUGGAACAGCCUGCUAGGUCGUGGUUUUGGGCAACAAGUUUUUGGCACUUUGUUUUAACUUUCGUGCAGCCCCUCUACGUCACCUUCCAUUCAUGCAUGUUCGGUGGCCAGCGACCCAAGAAAACCACGAUUGCCACGGACAUCAACGAACUCACCGAGCUGGCAUGUGAGUGUACCAAUCAACACUCACACUUGCCCUGGGGCUACACGGCCGAAGGCUUUGCCACAGCCACAGAGGUAGAGUACCCCCUACAGCUGUGCAAACAAUUGGCAGCAAUCAUUGCACGUGUCGUGGAGCGCGCCUACAAAGGAGCCUUGGAAUCUUUGCCAAGCCACCCGGACAAGAAAGCCAGAGCCCACAGCAUGAAGCAGACCAGGAAGUCUCUAGCCUUCAUGCCUGAAUGGAGCCAUGUGGAGACUCAAAACCUUACAACCACGCCACCAUUUACAGUGGGCACCAAGCUUCCAGAAGCCUUUCAGCAAGACUCCGUUUGCAUUCCACAACACGCGCGCAUUUUGCGCAUCACAGCGGCCCCUCACCAUGAGCAAGAUGGGGGGGAGAACGCUCAUAGUGGAGUUCAAGUUGCUUUUGGCGUCCCCUGGACUGAAGAGGGCUUCAUAGAGGAGGCGUUGAAGAGAGGCCACCCCGCCAAUUUGGUGGAUGGCAUUCCCAAAAGCCUGAGGUCAUCCAUUAAGAACAAUGCCGCUGCCAACUUCGAAGCCUUAGUCUUGAGGAGAGCGCAGUGGUUCAGAAGAUGGACGGCACGUGCAUUUGAGCUCAGGGCUGAAGAGGCCAAACUGCAUGCGGCUUUGCCACCUCACCGCAGAAACAUCCUGAAGAGCAAGAGAUUCUUGGUGCUUCAGGAAAUUCUUGAAGACCUUAAAUACCCUGACCUGGGGAUCGUCCAGGACAUGAGAGACGGGUUCAGCUUGGUGGGGACCGCAGAGGGUGGAGGCAUUUUGCCCGCUGAGUUUCAACCUGCCACUUUGACCAUCAAUGACCUGAGCAUGCAGGGUUGGCUUGCCGAACUCCCUGGCCUGCCCAAAGAUGAUCGCCGAGUGUUGAGGCGCUUCGCUGUGGUUCAAGCGGAGGACAAGGUGAGGCCCAUAGACAACUACACUGAGUCACAGAUCAACGACGCUGUCAACAUCACCGGACGCUGCACUGUUGAUGGAGUGGAUACCAUCAGCGCCAUGGGAGCUGAGUUGAUGAGAGCCCUGGGCAUGGGGCGACUUCCCAAGAAGUUGAAAGGGAGGAGUUUCGACCUCAAGAGUGCCUAUCGUCAACUUGCAGUAAAAGAUGGGUCGUUGAAAUGGGCGCUUUCGAACUUUUGUUGGAUCUCCUCGGGUUGGGAAUUUGAUCGCAGCGGCGAAAAAGCUGAUAGCACGAGCGAACAGGUCUCCGCACUUGGGGGCGUGUUCGAUCUGACACAGAGCGCCGAUGGGGUCAUCCUUGUGGCCAACACUGAAAAGAGGAAGGUGGAUAUAGCAGGGCAAAUAGCGGAGAUCCUCCAAGCCGGACGGAUGACCUCUUCAAAAGCGGCAUCACUCAAAGGGAGACUUGGUUUCGCAGAAGGUCAGUUGUUUGGUAGAGCGAUCAGAAGGUUGAUCAAUGAACUUGGGCAUCACGCCAUGCAUACCCCAACCAGGGGCAUCUUGGGAGAUGGUACCAGAAGAGCCUUGGAGAUGGUGGCCGACAGAACAGUCAAAGCUGGACCACGCAGAGUCGAAGCCACCACCAGUGACGUUGCAUUUCUUUUCACUGAUGCCAGCUUCGAUUGUGAAGCCAGAAGUGGAGGGCUUGGGGCCUUCCUGUUGGACAAGUGUGGCCAUGUCGUUCAAUGGUUUGGCUGCAUCGUUCCCCAAGACCUUUGUGAUUCCUUCAUGGCUGAGAAUCAGGAGCAAGCAAUCGGAGAAUUAGAAGCUCUAGCCGUGCUGGUGGCUUAUCGCUUGUGGGGACUUCACCUUAAGUCAAAGCACCUGGUAUGCCCAGGCACGCGAUCCUUUUUGCAGGGUGCUGGGUCGCUAGUCUCACCGCAGCUGUACACGUUGAGUGCAGUCCCCACUCUCUCCCGAUGCGCUUGUACCAAGCUGUACAUGGGCACUGUCACACCUGAGAAUGUGUCGGCCAACGUGCCAGGAGAGGUGAUCGACUGGGAGCAACCGAUGAAAGCAAUUACAGAAUUGAAACCCUGCACUGCGGCAAGUCGGGGCAUGAUCAAGCAACGACUUGUUGUGGACAACACGCUGGAGGAUGUGUGGCAAGUGUGCCAAGAUUGGUUUGUCUUAGACCGGCGGAUGUUCUUGGACCGCGCAAUUUGGAAGAUGAUUGCUUCGCACACCAUUGUGGAGGAACCAGAGACCAGAUGGGAAGAUGGUGACUUGCAUUGUGGAGUGCGAGGAGUGGCUGAUUUCAGGCCAGCUGUGGACCCCAGUUUCUUGGAUUUAUCUGAACUUGUGCUGGUGAUGUGCCCGCAAAAGGAGGAUGGCAAACUUUCAAUGGUGUGCCUGUCAAUGCGCCUCUUCGCACCCUGUGCGUGGAUGUUAUCAAAAAGAGGAAGUUGGUUGGAACAGUUAGAUCACCAUGCAUAUUUUCGGCAAGACAGCACUGCCGCAGCACUGGUGCUCGGAAAGCAACUCGAGCGGGCUGUGAACUUUGCAGAUUUAGAGUGCCUGAUUAAGGUCACGAAAUGCGCACAAAACGCACAAAGUACUGCUGUACCUGCAACUGCUCCUGGGCGGCGACGACGUGCUCAGAAGGAGAAAUAUGCAGAGCCACGGGACUUUCGGAGUGGCCGUAAUCCAAAAGGGCUCAACCUCUACGUUCCACGUCGAAAAUCCAAUGACCUCAGCUCUGCCAGGCCUCCUGGAGCACCUGUCCGACCAAAGCGUCAGGUGCUGACCUGUGAAGCUAGUGGAGAGCUGGACGCAUUCCUGACCCAACAUCGCCCUAGUGCAAGAGAAUCAGAACAGAUUUGCGUGUGGCGUGGAGGGGAGAAUCUGUGUGAUGCGCAAGACCUACAAGGUCUGCUGGAUGAUGGAGCCAGGCUCGAGAAGACUGGCUCCCUGACACAAGCAACAGUAGUUCAACUUGCCAAGAAGUGGCAAAUUCUCACUGGCAAAUGGUUGCUCUCUGUGCCUGAGUGGCGCAUUGAUGAGCUUUUUACGCUUGCAUCUCAGCGACUGCGCGAUGGGCAACUGCACUGCUACCAGUUAGUUGUGCACAUGCCAACUACAGAUCAAAAGAAAUUCAUGAUCAGUGCGCAUACGAUGGAUUUCACUGAUCAACGGUCGGUCAUGAGUUUGGGUAAGAGCUUACGAGCGGCCGCACGGCAUGGCUUGCGAUGCUACCAAGGGGACUGGGGUGAAUUGCUGGAUGAUCCUUUUGCUGCGCGUGCAAAGAAGGUGUCGCUUGUCUUCAAGCCGGACGUGUUUUCCCGCUUAAGCUUGCACAAAAACAAUCCGUAUGGCAUCAAGACCACUCUGCAUGUUCUGGAGUGUCAAAGAUAUUUAAAAGUGAAAGGCUUUGCCGGCCCGGAUGACCUCGCAGAAGCGCUGCGAGAGCUAAACCCUACGCCAUGCACUGAAAACAAAACGGCGCAGCGUCUCUAUGCCCCCAAUCCUACACCUGAAAUACAAGGCGCGACAGAUACGACAAGUCUCAGCUGCCGCUACGGCAAUCCUCAAAUGUGGCACCAUUGCGGAACUUGCUGUGGCCUCCGUCCGCAUUUCAACUGGGUGGUUGCCACAUGUGAGGAGACCCAGGGCACUGGCCAGUUCUGCUGGAACAUGCCACAGUGCGUCAUAGACGGAUCCCCCAAGAUCAACUACGUCGCUGCUUACCAGUUUGAUGGAACGAAUUUUAUUCUGAUGGACGACUCCACCGCUGGUGAGCUAAGUACAGCAGGUGUGAGCGGCAAUUACUGGCAAAACACCGGUUUCUCUGCGAAGAAUAGUUCAUUUCAGUGGCGGGGCGGCGAUUGGACCACAAAGUAUGCUCCCUGGGCACGGGGUGCAGGUGUGGAAGGGCCACGCGGAGUGACACCACCAGCUGGUCUGUGGAUUCUGAGUGCCGAAAACUUCUAUUACGGUGCUUUCUACAUGCUUUCACAGCUGGGUCUUAACUUAGAUGGACAAGGUCUUCCAACUGGCACCAACUGCUGGAUGUGGGAGCUGGAUCCCGUUGAAGGCACUUCUGGCUGGAGCCCUGGGAAGCCACUACCAGGCAACCUUAAUAUGGCUUACAGCACGGAGAAUGCACAAGCCAGCGGCUGCAUGCCCGUUUCAUAUACCUCAGCACAGGCAAAUGGCAUAGGAGGCCCUUUCAAAUUUCCAGAGGAAUUUCGAGAGGCAUGUGCUGCAAACGUAAGCGAGGCGGGUUGCAGGCCUUGGCGAGAAAAUAUCCAUUGGGGUGGAGGUGGAAAAAGCACGCAGAGGUUCGAGAACCUUUGGGAUGAGCCAUACGUGUUCGCCGUUGUUGUAGAUGCAAAGGGCUAUUGGAUCUAUCGCUGGCGUCCGAAUGCAUAUGACUCUGACGGUGGAGUCAAGACUGGGUGGCCAGGUGUGGAGCGUUUCGCAGCAGAACGGACGCUGCCGCCUCGACCUGCAGCUGUGAAGGAUCCUCGGGGGUUGAGGACAGAUGUUGCAGGAGACGUCGCGGAAGCUGUGAUUCUUCAACCGAGCCUUUCUCCAGAGGCAGUUUGUUUGAGAAGCUCCGUUGAACAGGUCACUUGGCAGUGGGGCACUGAUGCUUUAGCUGCCAUGGCACAGGAACUGGGUGAAAGUGGUCCUGGCUCCAAAUUCGAAGGCGUUCAAAAUUGGUGGUCCAACUUCGCAGACACUGGGCAAAAUGUAAACUACCCUCCCUCGAUCAUGGGACUGGAGGCCAAGAACAUGACUGAGAGAUUGAACUGCCAAAGCGAGAGCACAUUCACUUGCUCCUGUGCUGCUCGGCGAGAGGAAGAGUUGCAACCCAAGGCGCCGGUAAAGUGGGUUUAAUGCUUGGCAGGCUGCAGAAUUUUAUUUAGCCCCUUAGCUGUACAGAGCACUUUCGUCGAGUCGAUGCUGCGGAG